AUGCGUUUUCUCGUGUUCUUUGUUACGAUAACACUUAUAAAUGCUGCCAAGCAGACACUUAUGCCACUGGUGACAUCUGUAGAAAAUGUGAACUCCUUCGAUGCCGUCGAUACGGACAACAAUGGUGCCAUCAAUUUCAAUGAAUUCGAGAAGUGGUAUAAGAAGACGCAGCAUGAAACAAAUGAUGCUAAGAUUAAAAAUAUCUUCCACAAAUAUGAUGUGUCCCGCGAUCAGACCCUCGAAGUGGCCGAGUUUGUACCUCUUGCGUAUGAGAUCAGCCGAAAACCAGUUGACACUGCUGAAGAGAUCUUCAAGCGCAUGGAUCUUAAUCACGAUGGAACCAUCGAUCUCAACGAAGCAGCCAUUGCACGAAAAGAGCACGGUGCUGGGGUCAUUGAUGGCGUGCUAGCUGUUGCUGAUGUUAACAACGAUGGGCAACUGUCUUAUGAGGAGUUUAAAGCUCAACUUAACUACAAUAAGCCGAAGAGUAGAAAAGAGGCUAAUAAGGAGAUGGCUUACCAAGUGUUGAAUUAUAUUGAUCAAAACAGAGAUGGGAAACUAUCGGCACAAGAAAUCCGCAAUUUCGCCUCGGCCUAUAACAAGCUCUCCGAUGCCGAAAUCGCUCAUGUGAUAAGCAGUUUGGAUGCUGACAAGGAUGGUUUUCUCACUGUCCACGAAUUGGAGCGCAUCCCCGGUAAAAUAGCCGAGUUCGCCAACAUUCGGCCACCACCAACUGUCUAG